AUGACCACCGCACCGCCGGAGGAUGCGAUCGCGAAUUUCGUGAGCUUCACCAGCACCACGCGCGAGCAAGCCAUCCUCUUUCUAAAGGCAAACAAUCUGGACUCUCAAAAAGCUAUUAAUGCUUACUUUGAGGAUCCCACGGGGUCCCAGCUCAAGACCAGCGAUUUUGCCGAUGAGAACCUAUCCCCUCUCGGCUACAGCCAUCAAGAAUACGGAUCACGAGUCCCCGCGACAGCUCCUCCCUCUCGCCCACCAUCCCGAGUAAAUACGCCUGGCACCGCAGACGCGACGAGAACGGAGAACAGCCCCGCAGGAGCUACCCAGGAUCUUGGUAGCGGCCCUGGACUCUCGGGAUCGGGGUUGACUCUGGCGGAACGGGAAGAGCAGCAGUUACAACAAGCCGUUGCAAUGUCACUAGGGCAGGGUAUUGGACAGCAGGAGACGGGCGUGACGAAAACCACCGAGAAGAAUCACCAAGCCAACUUUGGCAAAGCUACCCGUGAUUACUACGACGAGGCGGAUUGGGGAAUGACCCUAUUUAACGAGACGGCCCAAGAGCUGGUAGUUGACCCAGAACCCGAGGACCGAGUGAAGGUCGAGGGAGAGCCUGCAUUCCUGCGGCCAACCAGUGACAAAGCCCACCUCGCAGGGUAUCUGACAAUUCUUCAUGAGAUACCGCUUGCACGCGAGGCUCUCUUGCUUCGAAACAAGAUGUUAUUUGACUACGGAGGAGAUGUCCAGUGGUGGAAUGGGCACUCUAUCUACCUUCCCAAGAUCGUGACUGUCCAUGAUCGAGAAUUCAAUUAUGAUGACGAGUGGGAGGACAUCAUCUACGAGUCACAGCGCCUCAUGGCGUUUCUAGACUCAACCAAACGAGCUUAUGGGAGUGCUGAUGCGCUCGCCAAGCUGAAAGAUGUUGACGUGCUCUCUUCCGAACCCGAUGAAAUCAUCGCGAGAUUCCUGGAGGUCUGGCACGCGUCGGCAAUCCGGGCCGCUCCCGACAGCCCUCUCGCCACGGCUUUCAUGUCCCAUGCCUACAAGCGAUCUCCGUUUGACGAAGGAGAUGAGACUGUGUCUCGAGAGCUGUUUGUCUUUGAGCCCAUCAUUGAGCAGGAAACUGAUCAGACCCUCUACGAUGUCUUGGAUACCGCUAUCUGGAGUGAUCUUCCUGGCGAGCAACUGGACGAUGUCUGGCUCGAGCAUGUGGGCGACAUUGUCACCAUGAAAUUGGACGCCUUCAACGGUGGCACAUCUGUGAACGUCAAGAUUCCUGCCGUUUUUUAUCCAGAUCGCUACCUGAGCAGCUGCAGGGAACUUGCACGCGAACUCCGCACAAAGAGGCUAGUGGUUCAAGAAGAGAUUCACCGACUCACCGGGCUCAUUGAGCGAUACACCAAACCUCAGAGCACUGUUGCUAACAUGGGCCUCAAAGAGCUUCUUGAGAAGGCCGCAGCUGCCACGGCGGUGGCUCUCGCCGGAAACAGGGACAAUGACACGGAGCUGGUCGAGGUCGAGACUGCAACAGAAAAGUCCGCGAGAAUCUCGAAAGAGCUUCUGGCCAUUUCGCAACGAAUUGAUUCCAAACUUCAAGAACUAGAGGCUCAAAAGAAAAAAGCGAUGGAGACGCUACGCAGCUACUCAAAGACGCUGACUGAGGCUCCAGAGGCCCCGGGGGAACCACCUCUCAGCCGUUACAGCUUGCGGGGCGUUUGCACCAAGCCUCAUAUUACUUAUGUUCUGAAACGAGCAGACAAUCGGAACGGGGGCGAUUUGAUGGAGCUUGGUGCCGAGCAACAGGCUAGUACCGGUGAUCAGUGGUGGAGAAUUAGCUACUCGACUGAAGAUGGCAAGACUCAACAACAGGCAAAGCAAAAAGGCCAGGAGACCGCCACGGCUGCCCAAUCUGGCGAUGUCAUGGGGUACACGGUCACCAAAGUGCGAGAAAUCGAGGUGCUUCGCGCUGCUCGCGAGGAGUGGAAAUCGGUGCUGCUCGUAUACGCGAGUGAUGCAGCCGUCAACGCUCCAGUAGAUCCCGCGCCUACGCAACUUCGGGGCUUCGUGGAAAAGGACAAUGAGGCUUUUGCGAAGGAACUCGAAGAAAGCACCGCGAACUCGUCCGCUGCCACCACCGGUCAGCUCCCCGCCGAGUCGAAGAAUGCCACGCAGCAGCAGCAGCAGCAACGGCCGUCGAACAAGCCACCGCCACCGCCGCCCCGGCCCACCCAGCAGGUAAACGUCUUUGAUUAUCAAGUCUCGAAUUUCGGUAAUGACAGUGAUUAUGAACAGGAAAUGAAGGAGAAGGAGGGUCCUGGAUUGCUUGGUGCAAAGGGUGGCGAACAGACGGGAGAUCUUUCUCAUGCUCUUGACGAUGAUGUCGUGUGGAACGUGGAUGGAGGAGACACCCAGAUGAGUGAUCAUGUUGAGCACGUGGGGGGCAACCCCAGUCAAGCGUCAUAG